CGAUGGCGCUCGAGUUGAUAAAAUCAUAAUUUUCUGAUGAAAUCGCCUGUAUAAAGAUUAGUGCCUCGACUUAAUAGAAGAUCAUGGCGAGUUCAUAUGAAUCAACAUCAGAGACAACAAACGCAAACAGAGUUAGUCGUGUCGUACUCCAGCCCUGUACGGAUGGUCUACGUGACGUACUGUGUCACUACGUCCCACCACACACAUUCCCUAAUGUCAUCAAACAAAACAAACUCAAUCUUCCUCGUCUGACGGCUGCUCAGCGAGACCUCAUUUUACCACGACAUGGACAUUAUAAAGGGAACUAUAGUGACAUGGACAUAUCUUUACUGUAUACCUUACUGAGGAAUAUAUCUGGCAUAGCACCACACUCCAAUGGCUGGAACAGAGAUCCCGACCCCAGCGACAGAAGUAUCUCCGCCAACAUCGAGAGGAUUCAUUUGGUCCGGAAUUGUUGUGUUCACUCAUGCGAUCCAUUCAUGUCCAACUCAGACUUUAACUCCCUCUGCUCCACCAUUAGAUCAGUUAUGGUGGAUCUGGAUGCCUUCCUCAUGAAUGGAAACAAAUAUGUAAAGGCGGUGGAUUUCCUACGUUACGAGUCGAUGGACCCUGAAAAUGACCUACAUUAUGAAGAAGAACUGAGGAAGCAGGUGGAGGAAGAUAAGACGACCAGGAAAUUGGUGGUCAACCUCAAAAGGAAGUUUGAAGAAUCAGCAGAGGAAACCAAAAACUUGCAUGGUAAAGUUGCGAAAUUAACUGAGUCUUCCAUUCCCCAAAAUGUGAGAGAGCAAUAUGAUAUUGACAUUCAGAAAUGGAGAGAGGAAGACAAGAUUUACUAUGAAACCCACAGCUUUCCGUCAAUGAUGGAGAAAGUGAGGAACCAACCUUGUGUAACGUUUGUCGGUGUACCUGGGUCUGGGAAGUCUGCUACGGCUCACCACAUCGCCCCCAAGCUCCAGGAGGAAGGUUACGAGGUUGUACCAGUUGAUGAAAUCAAAGAGAUAAAGCAAUACUGUGACACAAAGAAUCCACAGGUUUUUGUUAUUGAUGAUGUGUUGGGUGUCUUUGGCCUUGAUGAAAAUAAUUUAAAGGCAUUGACUACCUUUAAACAGAAAAUAACACAGCCUUGCAUGAUUAAGUCUAGAACUUUGAUGACAUGUAGAGAGGAUGUGUUCAAUGAGGCAUUGUCUUACAAACUAUUCCUUACCAAAGAAGAGACUGUGAUUAGGUUACACAGUUCUGUUAAUGCAUUAAAUGACAAAGACAAAAAACAGAUUCUCCAGAAGUAUGGUUUAAAUGUAGAUCUAAUGUCAUCUGCAUUGCUGACAUCAACGUCUUGCAUGUUUCCUCUUCUCUGUAAAUUGUUUUCAAAGGAAACAAAAUUCCAAGCUCUUGGUUCAAAGUUUUUCCUGAAUCCAGUCCCAUGCAUCAUUGAUGAACUUGAUCAUAUGCAAAGACAUAACAAACUAAAUUAUGCAACGCUUGUUUUGUGUAUGCUAAAUGAAAACAGCCUCACAAAAGACAUUUUAAAGGAUAAAAAGAAUGAAAAGUUCAUGGAAAUGAAAAUUAAUACUUUGGAAAAUUGUGAAUUCGAAAGCCAAACUGAUACAUUUAAAUUUGUGAAAGCUUUGUCAGCAAUGGAGGGGACAUACACAAAACAGUGUGGUGCACAGUACACAUUUAUACAUGACUCCAUGUUUGAAAUUUGUGCUUAUCAUUAUGGCAAACAGUUUCCUGACCAAAUGUUGCUGUAUAUGAGUAGUAGUUAUAUUGCUAAUUUUGUCAAACCACAGACAAGUGAACCAGAUAUGGUUAACAAAGUGAAAGAGAAACGGAGUGAUUCUCAAUCUAUUGAGGAGGAUGAGAGUAGUGAUGAUAGUGAUGAAAAUGAGGAGAGUAAUGAUAAAAACAAUGAUAGAGAGGAAUCGUCUGAUCUGUGUAUAAGGUUACUUGAGGAUCAGUACCCACUGUUAGCAGAGAGAUUGUACAGAGACAUACAGAACAUGGAGCUGUAUGAUGUUUUCAGGAAUCAGGUUUUAAAACACCCCCAGGUGUGUCAGGCUUUUAUUGGUGUGUUAGAGACAAAGUCAUACACAGAAUUAAAAGACUUAUUUCUGUCCAGUCAGAAAAAUGUUGAUAAGAUAGUGAGUAAACAAAAGUGUGUGUUAGAGGAUAAUGAGAAGAGGAGUGGUGAGAAUGGAUGGGAUUGUGUAAAAGUGAUCAGCUGGGUGGUUUGCUACGGACAUUAUCAGAUAUUAAAGUACAUAGUACAGCAGACUGAACAACACAAUGAAAUAAAUGAAUUACUUGAGGUAACAGGAAAUAAUCCAUAUCAAUCUACAUCUGGGAUUUAUACAUGUAAUAAAAAGGAAAGUGAAUACAAUAAGUUUUUGGAAGAGUUUAGAUUACUUGCAUUGAGUUGUUUCAGUGGUGAGGUACAGACAGUCAGAGUUCUGCUUCCUAUCUGUAAGAAAGCUAUCAAUGGGAUAGGUCAAAUCAUUAAAUGGGAUGUUCCUUGUUUUUGGUUUCGUUGUUCCCCUCUUACUAUUGUAUGUAGCGGAGAACAGGCACUGGUGAAGGAGCUGGUGAAGGCAGGGGCUGAUGUCAAUGUACUGGAUAACAAUGGGGAUACACCACUUAUAUUUGCAUGUAUGGUAGGGCAAACGAGUUUGGUGGAGGAGCUGGUGAAGGCGGGGGCUGAUGUCAAUCUACAGGAUAGACCGGGGAAUACACCACUGACAGCUGCAUGUAAGGGUGGACAUGUGAGUAUAGUGGAGGAGUUGGUGAAGGCGGGGGCUGAUAUCGAUCAAUGGGAUGAUUAUGGGGAUACACCUCUAACUGCUGCAUGUUAUAGAGGACAUAUUUGUGUAAUGGAGGAGCUGGUGAAGGCGGGGGCUGAUGUCAAUCUACAGAGAGGCGGGGUUUCACCAAUGAUGCCUGCAUGUAUAGGAGGGCAAAUGAGUAUGCUGAAGGAACUGUUGAUGGCGGGGGCUGAUGUUAAUCUAGAGGAUGAUGACGGGAAUACACCACUGAUCUAUGCUUGUCAGGGAGGACAUUUGGAUGUGGUGGAGGAGCUGUUGGAGGCGGGGGCUGAUGUCAAUGAACAGAGUUUGUAUGAGAGUACACCAUUGAUAGUUGCAUGUCAGAAAGGAGAUGAAAGUAUUGUGAAGGAACUGAUGAAGGCGGGGGCUGAUGUCAAUCUGCAGUAUAGACGGGGCAAUACGGGGAAUACACCAUUGAUAGCUGCAUGUAAGGAAGGACAUCUGGGUAUAGUGGAGGAGUUGAUGAAGGAAGGGGCUUAUAUCAAUCAGUGGGAUGAUCAUGGGAAUACACCUCUAACUGCUGCAUGUUAUAGAGGACAUAUUUGUGUGAUGAAGCAGCUGGUGAAGGCGGGGGCUGAUGUCAAUCCACCGAGUAGCAGGAUUUCACCACUGAUAGCUGCAUGUAAGGGAGGGCAAAUGAGUAUGCUGAAGGAACUGUUGGUGGCGGGGGCUGAUGUUAAUCUACAGGUUGGUGACGGGAAUACACCACUGAUAGCUGCAUGUGAGAAAGGACAUGUGAGUAUAGUGGGGGAGCUGUUGAAGGCGGGGGCUGAUGUCAAUCUACAGGAUAGUCAGAAGAAUACAUCACUGAUAGCUGCAUGUAAGGGAGGACAUGUGAGUAUAGUGGGGGAGCUGUUGAGCGGGGCUGAUGUCAAUCUACAGGAUAGUCAGAAGAAUACAUCACUGAUAGCUGCAUGUAAGGGAGGACAUGUGAGUAUAGUGGAGGAGCUGGUGAAGGCAGGGGCUGAUGUCAAUCUACAGGAUAGUCAGAAGAAUACACCACUGAUAGCUGCAUGUGAGGGUGGACAUGUGAGCAUAGUUGAAGAGCUAGGGAAGGCGAGGGCUGAUGUUAAUCUACAUAAUAAAUGUAGGAAUACACCACUGUUAGCUGCAGCAAGAGAGUGUCCGUUAUCAACAGUGAAAUGUCUAGUGGAACAUGGAGCUGACUUGGUUACUCAGGUUGUUGAUAUCAAUAUGUCAGCAGUAUAUAAAGCAUUAAUACUGAACAAACCAGAUAUAAUGAAAUAUCUCAUACAGGAACAAAAUAAAAUCAAUCCUGGUAAAUUUAAUGGAAAUGUACACCUAUUUAACUGUCUGGUGGACAUCAGACAUGCUGGAGUUAAAACAGACAGUAGGGAUGAUGUGGUGGUGACAGACAGGAAAGUGUGGUGUAUGGAUAGAGCGCCAGAUUUGUGGACGACAAUCUGUAGAGGAGACUGUGAUGAACUGAGACGUUUGUUAUGUGUGGGUCUGGAUGUCAAUCUGUCGAUACAGUUGUAUAAUGACAAAAGUCUGAUGUGAGACCUCUGUUGUAUACACUGAUUGAUGAGUGUGUUCCUUUUAAUUUUUUUUAUGUUAGUUUUCCGGUUGUUUGUGUUAGUUAUAUAAUGGAGAAGGUGAGGAUCCUACUGGGGGCUGGGGUGGAUGUCAAUAUCAGGGUGAGGUAUAGAGAGUAUGACACUGUGUUAGACAGGGAGGGUGUGUCUGCUCUAGAGAGAAUGAGGCGAAUGAAGUGUCGUUACAUUAAACGUAUGCCUGGCAGAGACAGUAUGUCUAUGCUUGACAUAGACAGUAUGUCGAGGAGAGUGAUGUGUGAGAUAAAAAAACAUGUCAGAAGACACUCUGUAUAGUCCCUGAUAGAAUUGUAGAGAGAUGUUAUUACUGAGUACAAGAGAGGGAUGUGUGAGAUAAAAAAAACAUGUCAGAUGGAAGUCUGUGUAGUCCCUGAUAUAAUUGUAGAUGUAUAUUGUUACUGAGGACAAGAGAGAUGUGUGAGAUAGAGAAACAUAUCAGAAGACACUCUGUAUAGUCCCUGAUUGAAUUGUAGAGAGAUGUUGUUACUGAGUACAAGAGAUAAAGAAACAUGUCAGAAGGCACUCUUUAUAGUCCCUGAUAGAAUUGUAGAAAGGCGUUCUUACUGAGUACAUUGUACAAACAAUUUGUAAUCAGGAUUUUGGAGAAAAGCAGAGUGAAAUUGAAUAUUUGCUUUUCAAAAGGGUUUUUUCCAUACUACUAAAAAAAAGUUAAGAAUCAUUUAAUUCGUUUCAUUCAUUUUUUAUAAAGUUACAAAAACAAGUGUAUAAUGUUAUGAAGAAAAGUGUUAUGGACGGAUUUAUACAGAGAAAUUUUUGUUCAAUCGCAAAUUGUUAAACGAUCAACAUUUCGAACAUGCUAGGAUGGGGCCACAAGUGUGUGUGUGUGGGGGGGGGGGGGGGGGGGGGGGGGGGGGGUCAAAGUUUUACAUACAAAUAUAGGAAAAAGCUUUAAAAAUCUUCUUCUCAAGAACCAUUGGGCCAAAGAAGUUGACAUUUACAUGAAAGCUUUCUGACAUAGUGUAGAUUCAAGUUUGCAAAGGGUAGUUUGGGCCAUAAUAGGGACUAAGGUUUUACAUGCAAAUAUAUAUGGAAAGUCUUCAGAUAUGGGCCAAAGUGACUCAGGUGAGCGAUGUGGCCCAUGGGCCUCUCGUUUAUGAAUAACCUAAGAAUUAAGUUAAUAUUCUCAGUGUGUACUAUAAGGGUGCGGCUUGUGAUUGAUUAAUGACAUUUUCAGCGACCAGAUAAGCCAGUAAUGCACCUGAGUCACACAUAUCGAAAUGUCACGUCAGUAGCGCGUAUGUCCUCCAUGAGCUGUAAUACAGGCAGUGCAACGCUUUCUCAUGCUUCGAAUACAAGCCCUUAUGGUAGCCUGGGGAUGUUAUUCCAUUUCUGGUCCAAAAGCUGGUUGAUGGUGUUUGGAGGGUUGGUUCUAUGCACUCGCAUUCGAAGUUCAUCCUAGAGAUGCUCAAUAGGGCUCAGAUUGGGUGGAUUCACCGGCCAUUCCAUUCUCGUGAUAUUGUGCUGCUGGAUAAAAUCAUUCACGAUUCGUCCGCGAUGGGGUCUGGCAUUAUCAUUUUGAAAGAUGGCGUUCCCUCCUAGCCUUUGAAGAAAAGGAAGAUCUAUUGGCUGCAGAAUUUCAUCAAUCUAGCAUCGAGAUGUUAAAUUUCCACCAAUAGCAGAAAGUUGAGUCCUUCUGUUAGCAGAAAUACCGGCCCACAACAUCACGGAACCACCGCCGUAGCGAUCAUAUUCCCUCACAGUAGCGUCAGAAAAACGUUCUCCAGGACGGCGGUACACAUGUACUCUGUCAUCAUUAAAGCGAAGAUUAGUUCUGCUUUAGUCAGUGAAGCACACAAAAGUCCACUGGGCUUGAUUCUAGUCCUGUCACGGACAGAAUUGGUCUCCCUGUAUCUCGCCAUUAACAUUGACACUGUGCUUGAGCUACCCCAAACGUUCUGGCUACUUCAUAUGUUGGUGAACCAGCUUCCCUACAGCUCUAGAUCUUUCCGCGGGCAACAACGAAGGUCAUUUACCCAUGUUGACAAUGACGUUUGGUAGUAAUACGUGGGUGUUCGAUUUCGAUUCUUUUACUCUUCAAGGUGUUGUUUAAGGUUGACUUAACACGGAAUAAGAGUGGGUGCAGGUUACGAUGCCAAACCAAAUUCAGGAGCCUGUUUGAAAAGGUAGAUUUUCUCCGGAAUAAUGAAAUCUUUCUUCACAUGGACCAUUUAUUCAAAAUGUUGAAACUCAUACUCACUUGGGAAUAAUAUUUCACAAAGAUGGAAGUUGGAAAAAGCAUAUAUCUCAAAUACAUGCCAAAGCAUGCCAACGAUUAAAUGUCUUAAGAAUGUUAAAGUAUCAACUUAUUGGGAUAAUUGUACAGAGAGAGAUAUUAAUUUACUUGAAGAUGUUCAAGUUGCAGCAGCACAAAUAAUUACAGGUUUAAGGGUAAAUUCAUCAAGAUCGAUACUUUAUAAUGAACUUGGAUGGGAUAUCUUAGCAAUAAGAAGGAAAAUACAUAAACUUGUGCUAUUCUACAAGAUAGUCCAUGGAUUAACCCCCAUUAGAAUAUAACCUAGUUUGUCGACCAAUCAGAUUUCAAGAAGUUGUUCAUUAAGUGGCUCACUUAUUCAUUAAGAAUUCCCAACAGAGAGAUAUCACGUGACUGACUGUGAUUGGCUAUUUGAAAAUAAAUUUUAUGACAUUGUAAAUGUUCCCAGCCAAUGAAAAACUAGGUUACAUUCUAAGCCAGUUAGAGUAUAUUAAGUGAAAUCUUAUUGGAUAAGAAGGGGCUCGCUCACUAACGUUCGCUCCGCCCCUUCUUAUCCAUUAAGAUUUCACUUAAUAUACUCUA